AUGGAGCGAUUCAGAACAAGUAGAUUUUGUGAAAACACUUAUUGGGCAUUCGAAUUGUAUUCAUAUUUGAUACUGAAUAUGACAUUUGGUGUUGAAGUGAAUGUUGCCGAAGUGAUUCUAUCUCAUUUGGAAGCACGCUGGUUACGUUGUUGCGAGAAGGUGAGUCAUUCAUGGCGGAGGGUAAUUGCACAUCGAAUGUUAUGGCGUAAAUUAAUUGAACGGAAGGUUCGCUCAAAUCCUGUUUGGAGAGGUAUAGCCGAAAAGCGAGCAUGGUGA